GAUUGGCCAGGCCCCCUGCCAUCCCAAAGUGCUUUGCGGCCCCACUUCCUUUCCGCUCGGCGGUUCUCCUGUGUAGGAGGCAGCCAUGGCGCCCAGCCGGAAUGGCAUGAUUCUGAAGCCACACUUCCACAAGGACUGGCAGCGACGAGUGGCCACUUGGUUCAACCAGCCAGCCCGGAAGAUCCGCAGACGCAAGGCCCGGCAAGCAAAAGCGCGCCGCAUCGCCCCCCGCCCCGCGUCUGGACCCAUCCGGCCCAUAGUGAGGUGCCCCACGGUGCGGUACCACACCAAAGUCCGAGCUGGCCGGGGCUUCAGUUUGGAGGAGCUACGGGUGGCCGGCAUUCACAAGAAGGUGGCCCGGACCAUUGGCAUCUCCGUGGACCCCAGGAGGCGGAACAAAUCCACAGAGUCCCUGCAGGCGAACGUGCAGCGGCUGAAGGAGUACCGCUCUAAGCUCAUUCUCUUCCCCAGGAAGCCCUCGGCCCCCAAGAAGGGAGAUAGCUCUGCUGAAGAACUCAAGUUGGCCACCCAGCUGACAGGACCAGUAAUGCCCAUCCGGAAUGUAUACAAAAAGGAGAAAGCCAGGGCCAUCACAGAGGAGGAGAAGAACUUCAAAGCCUUUGCUAGCCUUCGAAUGGCCCGUGCCAAUGCCCGACUCUUCGGCAUCCGUGCAAAAAGAGCCAAGGAAGCUGCAGAACAGGACGUUGAGAAGAAAAAAUAAGGCAUUGUUGAAGCUUAGUAAUAAACCCUCAGGAAAACUAAG